UACCAAAAUACCAUUUCUUUCUCUCUCUCUCUCGCUCUCUCUCUCUCAGACUCUUGAGUGUUUCAAUCGACGGCCAAAUACAUCGUGUUUGAGACUCUGAGCGUUUACUGCAAGGAGAAACACGCUGUACGAAAACCCUAACCCUAGAUUUUCUUCAUCACGACAGCCUAAAUGUUCCAUCCUCGACAGCAACCGCCAUCUCUGCCAUACUUCUCUUACCCGACGCAUUAUACCCCUAAUCUUAACCCUCACGUACCUUUCUCUCUACCGAUUUUCACUCCUGCUGAGCAAGUUCUGCGCCCACCCGGAACAGAAACCUAUGCUAACCCGGUUACGCACCCGCUAGCCCAUGUUGCGUCUGCCGCAUCAACACAAUGCUUCCAGGACCUAAAUGCGGGUUCUCGGAAUUGGCUGGUUGGAGGGGCUGAAGCCAUUAGAUAUGAUGCUGUAGCAUUAAUGCAUACUGGUUUGAACUCUUUGGGAAUCAGCAACUGGGCAAAUCAGGCCUUGGAGAAUGGUGUCUCAACAAGCACAGUGAAGCAAGGCAAGGUUUGGUGUGAGGUUUGCAAUGUUGUAUGUAAUAGCAAAGAUGUCUUUGAUAAACACGUGACAGGGAAGAAACAUGUGAAGAAUUUGCAAGUUAAAAAUAAACCUAGCACAACCAGUAGCACAAGCUUGGCUGGCCAGACAAGCAGUGUUGUCGGACAAAUGAUUAUUGGGACUUCUGAUGUGGCUUCUCGUCAGGGUUUGGAAGUAGAAAAACAGACUGUCCAGGGUUUGGAAGUAGAAAAACAUACUGUUUUAACUGGUGGUGCAACAACUGAUUCGGUCAGGGUUUGUACCAUAUGCAAUGUUACUUGCAAUAGCCAGGAAGUUUUCAAUGAACAUAUAGCUGGAAAGAAGCAUGCUAUUCAGGCGGGAUUAAUUCCUGUCGGUGCAGUCAAAGUUAAUAAUCUCAGCAGUUGGAGACAUCGAGUGAAGAAACCCAAGUUUGUUCAAUCUUCAUGGUGCGACGUCUGCAAGAUCAACUGUAAUAGUACCGAAGUCUACACGAAACACCUGCUGGGAAAAAAACAUCAGAAGAACCUUGAGAAAUUGGAAAAAUCUAAAAAUGAAAUAUGCUCUUCCACCUCAAACAUUGCCGAAGUUAAAACGAACGAAAUUAUCGGACCAGCAGAAAAUCCAGUGGCCAACAAAGGUAAGAGAGCGGCAUUGACUCAGGCAAAUUUGGAGACAAAGAAACGGAAAGUCAUGGAAGGUGGAACAUCAGCUAGUGCUGUCAAAGUAUGCACUAUAUGCAAUGUGGUAUGCAAUAGCCAGACGGUGUAUAAUUCUCAUGUUGGUGGGCAAAAGCAUGCAGCAAUGUUGAAGAAACAUGGAGGAAUUGUUGACUCUCAAUCAGUUGUUGCUACCUAAAGGUACAUUAGUUGAGAAAUACCAUAAAAUGAAAAUGAAAAGGCUAGGAAAUUAUUUUAUCUGGUUCCUAGGAUCGUUUUAUAUGCCCAAUUGUAGUUGACCCAUGUCCAAAAUCAUCUGCUUUCUACUGUUUUUAUUGUGGAACUCUAGGUACAAGCCACAAGAAUGGCAAAGUAUAAUUAGGGGAAAGCAUUCUGGUUCAGUUAAAAAAAAAUUUUGAUAGUCAAAGAGAUCAUCGAUUUGAAACACUAUAAUUGAUGGAACCGGUUGAAUUAUACCAACCGAGGAAGGAUGUAAGUGGACUUGGUAAACUUGAACUUAAAAAUAAGUUAAUAGUUCAAGUCUUUUGAUAUUUUGUAAAUACAUUAAAUGACAGAUAUCAAUAAACAAAUUGAUUGCAAAA